CCGAUUCCGGUUUUGUUAUGGUUGGCAAAAGCAAAAAGAAGCGAAAUAGCAAGGACUCUACAUCCAGCAAUGCUGGAAGUGGCGAGGGUGAGGAGAAGAAGAAGAAAGAGGGUGGCGGUGGCAAGAAGAAAGGUGGCAUGGGAAAAUCCAUAGGUUGCGACAUCUUCAAUGACGCGGCCAUGGAAAAUGCGUACUAUGUGUGCCACAAUGUCCAGGAUGUUCUUAAAUCAAGAGGAUUCGCCUGGCCAGAUGGACAGAAAAAGAAAAAGAAAGGAAAACGUUAA